AUGUUCACCUGCAAGCCUGUUACAGGAACUGUUGGAUCUCUUCUUCGAGACAUUCAGAAGACGGAUGGAGGAGUGUAUCAAGCUGACUGCUUUACAACGAACGGCGAACGCCUUGCAAAAUCUACCUCAUUUUGUCAUCUGCUUCUUUUAAAAGAGUUCGAUCUGGAGCUCAACAAGAAAAAAUACAACAUCAAAGUCCCGAUGGAAGUCUCUGAAAAAGUUUACUCGCCAUCAGUCCCGGCCGAUAAUGGGGUUAACGAGAUGAGAUAUCAAGUAGCCAAGAUUUACACAGCCUUGAAUAUUGAGGCGAAACAACAUGAGAAAGAAGAAGAACUUCUGAAAGAAAAAGAAGCUCUCAUGAAAGAAAUGAAACCUUUCUUUGAAGCAAACGAUGUACUAGUCCAAAAAGUGGAAGCAAAAACGAAAGCCAUCCAAUACGGAAUUCUGGCUUACAUGGUCUUCCAGUGGUCAGCUCUCGCUCGCCUCACUUGGUGGGAGUACUCUUGGGACAUCAUGGAACCUGUCACUUACUUCAUAACUUAUGGUACCUCUGUUGCUUUAUAUGGGUUUUACGUUCUCUCUAAAACUGCGCCUAAUUACGAUUCCUAUGAGCAGCGACUUAAGCUCUUGUAUACCCAUAAGAUGGCACCUUCUCUUACUCUCGAUAUUCCUGAGCAAAAGAAAAUGAAUGGCCGAACCGACAUUUAUUUCCAAGAGAAAGGCAUUUUUGCAUUCGCAGAAAUUGUGGAUAAUCGCUGGAAAGGAAAUCGGGACCUAAAUGGGGAGAUUCCCCACGAAAUUCGCGACGACUACUUCCUUGCGUACAAUUUUGCAGCGUAUAGAGCGGCAAAGGAUCAGAAAAAGAAAAUGAGCAUUGCGGUCAAAAAACAGAAAGCAGAAUCAACAUGGAGCAUCAAUGCAAAUGAAAUCGAUAUUAUCAAUCUCACUCGUAAAAAAAUCGUAAAAAUAUUCGAUGAAGCCAUUUCAACCGUCAGGUCUAACACUCCAAGAUUUCCAUAUCCUUCGGAAGCCGUCCUCGUGCUUUUGAACGGAGAAUGGUCAUGUGGAUUGAUUCCUUUGAAUUCAAGACCAUCGUUUGCAAACCAAAUACUCAAGUUGCCAGUUUAUCUUGUUUUCAAAAAGAAAAUUGAAUUCUGUUACCCAGAGAAGAUUUAUCUGAUCCCUCCCGGUUCUCCCAUCUUGAAUAUACCAAUCGAGCCAGUUCCUUUUGGACUCAUGCCGCCUAUUUCUCCAAAAUUCACGAAAGGCCAUUGGGGAAGAAUCCAAAUACUCUUCGAUUGGAUGCGCAAAUGGAAGUCUAUUGGACUCAACCAAGAGGUCGAAGGCGAAAUCAUCUAUAUUGACAAGACUAAUCGUUAUUGUGGGAUUACUGCAAAUACAACCUAUGGAUCACAGGCGAUAUCUGAGUUGUUAUGUAGAUUAUGGAAGGAACUGGAUCCCAUCGUUGAGGAAGAUAUGGAAGAUCGACAACUUGACGAUAAAUCAGAGUGCUACAAAGCUGCCGAAUUCACCUCUUACACGUCUCAAAAAACUUUUCUGAUGCGAGUGAAGAUAUUAAAAUUUGCUAAUGACAAGAAAACAGUGAUUGCGAUGGACAUCGACUCUGGAAAGAUUUAUCAUCCUGAAUGCAGCAAGCUAAAGAUGCUUCCUGAAGAGUUGCAUCCAAAAAACAUUCCCCCAUUCGUAACUAUUGGAAGAUUUCCAAAAAAUACAAAAAAACAUUUAUUGGAACCAAAGAAGAUUGUUUCAGUAACAGCUGGAUGGCCGAAAGAUUAUAACUUUUAUCAUAAAGAAUUUUAUCACUUGAAAAAAAUGCAAUAUAAGCGAGGAGAAGCCUUUGGAAGCCUUGGACUCAAGUUCGCCAUUCACCUCCAUGAUUUCAAGAUUGAGGAGAACGAAGAAGAUUUCUUAAAUUUCCUUGACAGUGAGGACGAAAUAGACCCGGAGAAACCAGCCGAAUUCAUCAAUUUGAAGAAGAAGAUCACCAAAAAGUCGCCGUGGCUUGUCUCUGAAUCACUCAGCCACAGUUUCGAUUGCGAAGUUCAAAUGUCAUCCCACCAGUUCCAUAAUUUAUCAAACAAGAUCAGAGAACUCCUGCCGACACUAGAAGAUUCUAUUCUCGAAGAUUCGGCACUAAUUCAAAUUUGCCACGUGCAAACACAUCACUUGAUGGCCGUCUUUGUUCUUCAGCAUCCAUAUAAGAAACGAGAAGAAGAUCGGAUUUAUGAAGAAGAUCUAGAAGUCGAAGAAGAGGAUGAGCUCGUAUUAGUUCGCACCAAUUUAGUCACUGAAGACAAAUUCAUGUAUUACAGAGCGCUUGUGCUGGAGAGAGAUGACUUCAAAUCGAAAGUAGAGCUUAUUGACUGUGGCGCACCCGCAAUUGUCGACAACAAAGAUAUUUUCUAUUUACCGAAUAGAUUGAAGCAAAUUACCUGUCCGAUUAUACGAAUAGAGCUAACUGGCCAUGCAAGACGAGUUGCUGAAGCUUGCACGAUUCCAAAGCAGUACAAUGGAAUAAACCCAUUCGCCAAAUUUGCUAAAUUCAAGCGAGGGUUCUCAAAGAAUAACCCUUGGACAAACGAAGAUGUGCUCAAAGAAGUCUGCUUCAGAGAAAUGGCUAAAGUUUUGAUCGUUGGUUCUAACCGUGGCAUUGGGCUCGAACUCGUUCGACAAUUUGCUGCUCGCGGUGACUCUGUUUGGGCGACUUGUCGAAAAGCAUCUGAUAGUCUAAAAGAAGUCAAGAAUGUCACUGUUAUUGAGAACAUUGACGUCGGCAAGGAUGAAGCUGUUGAACUGAUCAAAAACAACUCCACGUUUCCCGAAGCAUUCGAUAUUGUCGUCGCCAACGCUGGCGUCCUAAACCGAGAGUCGUUUGACGAUCUCCCUGGCUCCGAAGGAAUACUCAACCAAUUCAACGUCAACGCCAUCGGUCCGCUCCGCGUUGCGAAGGGUGUUGAAGGAAGACUCAAAGCUGGAUCUAAAUUCAAUGUCAUCACUUCGAGAAUGGGAUCAAUCGCUGAUAACGGUUCUGGAGGCAUGUAUGGCUACAGAAUGUCCAAAGCAGCAUUGAACGCAGCGGCUACAUCGCUAAAGCAUGACUUCAAAAAAGUCGAUGUUUCGGUUGGAAUCAUUCACCCGGGAUACGUCAGAACGGACAUGACUGGCAACAACGGUUUGAUCAAUGCUGACGAGAGUAGUUAUAGUAGUGACUGA